AUGGACUCAGCGUGGAAGCCGUUCUUGAAAUCUUCAGAGGAUGAUUGGACCAACAUUGCAGAUCCAUCAGAACGCAAAAAGGUUCAGAACAGGUUGUCACAGCGAGCAAGACGAUCCAAACUCACGCGCAAGCAAAAAAGAAGCUUGACAAGGAUAUCUCACCAAGUCCAAGAUCUGAAUGAAGGAACGAAUGAGACAAGUGGCUUGGGUUCUGAGAUUCCACCUGAUUCCUCCGUAUCGAUGGAUUUAAGCAUGCUCGGCGUUCCCUUGGGUACCGAGAUUGAUUUAUCCCUUGACCCCAUGAGAGAGAACCGAUUCAUGGUUAUGCAGCAGAUCGAUGUGUGGGAUGCAUUUCUGAAUAUUGCAAGCAAACUGGAGCUGGCAUGUGCUCAAGAUAGUGGUUUCAAUAUCGUUGCCCCUGUAAAUUCGUUACCACCAUCUCUGGCUCCUACGUUGCAGCAACGAUUCGUUCCACAUAAGCCAUACGUCGAUAUGCUGCCCUGGCCCUCAAUGCGAGAUCGAAUCUUGAAUUCUCCGUCAUCUAUCAACGAAAGCGAAUUUACGGCAGAUAUGGCAUCAAAUGAAAUGAAAGUCUGGGGGGCAACUUCAUGGGAUCCAAUAGGAUGGGAGAUCUCACCAAAUUUCGCCAAGAAAUGGUGGUUCCUGGUCGACGACGGGAUUUUGCAGGCUGCGAAUUUCUGGAGAAGUCAAAGAGGGGAGGAACCUCUUCCACUGGACCCCACUUUGCUGGCCAGCUUGGUACAGCCCCAUGCGAGCUGUCACCUAGUCCAGCUUUGA